UAAGAGUUUGAGGAUUUUUGUUGUCUUUAAUUUUGAACUUUUGGUAAGCCCGAUUUCAAAAGUAAGGUUUUUGUUUCAAAUUCUUUGAUGGUAGGAUUUCGCUUCAUUAGUGAUUACUUUGGCAAAUUUGGUAUUUUCCAAAUCUUCACAUGAAGGUAAAUUACAAUUAAAAUCGCAAGUCUUUCAUUUCAUUCCAUGUAUCAAAUUUAGCUAACAAUGCAAAAUUCAUACUUCAUGAAAUUAAAAAUGUACUUACAUUUACAAAGGAAAAAGAAAACAAGACUGACCAUAAGGGCAAGAGUGAAACCAUACGGAUAUAACCUUUUUCAAAGUUGGACUGACACUAACAAUUUGAUCAAACCAUAGGACCAUUUCUGUAAAUUAGUCUUAUAUUAAUUUAUACCUAUCCAAAUCUCGUCCAUUGUAAAAACCCUAGAAAUUCGUUCCGGCAGAAGUACGUAUCCAAAAUCAAAAUGUCAGACCAUGUCCCUUUUCAUAUCCAGCAGGAAAUCCUCAAGCGGCUUCCUGUAAAAUCAUUGAUUUCGUUCAGAUCCGUCUCAAAAGCAUGGAAGUCUUUCAUCGAUAGCUCGGACUUUAUUACUGCUCACAGCCUCCUGCAUGCUCAGCCGCAGCAUCUGCUUCUAAGGCACCGAGAUUGGCAUCAUCCACUGAAGAAAAUCUAUGUUUCCUUAUUCAAUGAAGCCACUUUCCCCCAACAGAGGUUUGUUCAAACAUUUCCCCGCUCCAUUAGACGAUUUGAUUCUCCAAAAAUAAUCGGUAGCUCUCACGGGUUGUUGUGUGUGCAUGAUAGUCAUUCGGAGGUUGUUGUUUGGAAUCCCUCGAUUAGAAAAUCGAUAUCUAUUCAGUUACCUUCUAUGAGGUAUGACAGAUUUUUAUUUUUUCUUAGUUUCGGGGUAUGUCCAGUCACUCUUGAUCCCAAGAUUAUCAAGAUCACACAAUUUGGUCAGUGGUGUGAAGAGAAAAGAAAAAUUAGCAAAUACUGGAAAGUUAUUGUUUAUACUUUCAGCUCAGGGGAGUGGAGAAAACUCUCUAACAACAAAGAGCGUAGGAAAUCAGUUUUACAUAGACAUACAGGGCCUCAGGUAAUUAUUGAUAGGUUUAUCUAUUGGUCUGCAUUAUACCCCCCGAGACCACAGUAUCGUAAUCUGAUAAUGUCAUUUGAUUUGACUAAUGAGAGUUUUGAAGUCAUAGACCUCCCACACAAUUUAGCAUGCCACCCUCACAACCAGUUGUCCAUUUCUAAGCUGAGGGAGUCUCUUGUCAUUCUUGAAUCAAGUAAUAACAUGGAGAACAAAUUAGUGUUUGUUGUAUGGAAGAUGGAGAAUAAUGUUCAAAGAUCAUUUACAAAGCUGUUCACCAUUGAGGCACAACAUGAAUCAAUUAUGAAGGUAUUGGGAUUUAGGGAGAGUGGCCAACCUAUAAUAGAAGUGAAAGAUGAUGUUUCUAAAAAGAGUAAACUUGUUGUCUAUGAGCCCAACUCAAAGAACUUCUCUGACCUUGAGAUUAAUGGAGUUUCUGAUGAAUUUUAUGUGAAUUCUUACGAGGAAACACUACUUUUGCUUGAUAGGUCUGAUUGUAUUAGUUAUUAAAAUUGAUCACCUGGCAAGAGCUAAGAACAUCCGACGCGACUUUUGGGGCAGGUGAUUUAGUAUGAUAGUUUGAUGGUACAUCUCAUACUUUUGUUGAUAGUGGAUUAGAUAUGUUUACUAAUCUCAAUAGGUAGUAGAGUAAUUAAUCUAGAUUACAAGCAUUAAUGUGAUCACAGAUAACAUAGAGUAUGAAUGCAUAAAAUAAUUGAGGCUACUCAA